AUGGGAAAUAGCCUUUGUAUGGAACAAAAAGUUGAAAAGAAUCAAUAGAAGACAAAAAAAUCAGGCUUGCAAUCAUCAAACAAUGAUCUAAAUGAAUAUAAGUUACCAGCAGACCCCAAGGAAAAAAAGCUUUUCUAGUCAUAGGCAGGAAAUCAUUCACUUGGAGAAGAAGAAAAAAUUACUCUCUCCUCAUUCAGAAUUAUAAGAGUCAUUGGAUCAGGAGCUUUUGGUAAAGUGUACUUGGUAAACAAGAAGGGGACAGAAGAAGUGUAUGCAAUGAAAGUUUAUGAUAAAAUGACAUUAUACGAAAAGAAUGUAAUUUUGAGCACAAUUGGAGAAAGAAAUAUAUUAAAGAACAUGAAUUCAAAUUUCAUCGUUAAGCUUCAUUACGCAUUUUAAGCUGCAUAAAAUCUCUAUCUUAUGAUGGAUUUUAUGGUUGGAGGAGAAUUGUAUUACCAUUUGAAAAAGGCAAAAAAAUUUGACGAAGAAAGAACCAAAUUUUAUAUUGCUUAAGUUAUUUUGGCCAUCGAAUGCUUGCACUAAAAUAAUAUAAUGUAUAGAGAUUUGAAAUUAGAAAAUAUCCUUCUCGGAUAAGACGGAUAUAUUAAGCUCACUGAUUUUGGUCUUUCAAAAGAAGGAAUUAAAGACAAAGAUUUAACAAAUACAUUAUGUGGCACAGCAGAGUAUAUGGCACCAGAAUAAAUUAUGAAUGAAGGACACAAUAAGAUGGCUGAUUUCUGGCAAAUUGGUGUGCUUACAUAUGAAAUGCUUUACGGAACAACUCCUUUCUUUAAUGAAUUCAGACCUAACAAAGAUGAAAUAUUCAACGACAUUAUUCAAGGCAAGUACACAUUCCCUUAAUACUUCAAAGACGAUGCCAAAAAUUUCAUUAGAGGUCUCCUCCAAAAAGAUGUCAAAAAAAGAUUAGGUUACAAUGGAUUCCAUGAACUCAAAAAGCAUGCAUUCUUUGCUGAUUUUGACUGGGAUAAGUUAGAAAGAUAAGAAAUUGAACCACAAUUCAAACCUCCUCUCAGAUCUCAAGUCGAUUUGCAAAAUUUCAACCCAAGAUUAGUCAAAAAUACAAUGACAGAUUUAGGAGUAAAAGAUAAUAAACCUCAUCUCAAAGAAGAAAUCGAAUCAUAGUUCAGAGGAUUCACUUUUGUUAAAGAGUAUUUAAAUUUCCUUUAAUUAUAUUUAACUUUAAUAUAAAAUUUUAAUAGUGAUCAUUUAAACACAGAUGUACCUUAAAGAAAUUCUUCAGCUGAAAGAAAUAAUUGA